GCAGAGCUCGACGCCAUGGCAAGAACCAAGCAGACCGCCCGUAAGUCCACCGGUGGCAAGGCGCCCAGGAAGCAGCUCGCCACUAAGGCCGCCCGCAAGAGCGCCCCGGCCACCGGCGGCGUGAAGAAGCCUCACCGUUACAGGCCGGGCACCGUGGCUCUGAGAGAGAUCCGCCGUUAUCAGAAGUCUACUGAGCUGCUCAUCCGCAAGCUGCCCUUCCAGCGCCUGGUGAGAGAAAUCGCUCAGGACUUCAAGACUGAUCUGCGUUUCCAGAGCUCGGCCGUCAUGGCCCUGCAGGAGGCGAGCGAGGCGUACCUGGUCGGCCUGUUCGAGGACACCAACCUGUGCGCCAUCCACGCCAAGAGAGUGACCAUCAUGCCCAAGGAUAUUCAGCUGGCCCGCCGUAUUCGCGGAGAGCGCGCUUAAACGACGACUGCGUCUAAUCUACACAAAGGCUCUUUUAAGAGCCACCUCACAGUCUCAGCGAAAUGAGCAAGUCUUCGUACCUUGGCUGUUUAAAAACUAAUUGUAAUGUGGUAGGGGAAAAAAAAAAAAGAACCUUUGAAAUAUUUUUAUAACCUGUAUAAAUAUAUACAUUAUUAUAAAUAUUAUAUAAUGUUUGUGUGUUAUGUGCUUAUACGCGCGCGCUCUCACGCUGUGGCACACUUACAGUGAAAAGGGAGCAGUGAACCAUAAGGUUUAUUUGUGACGUCAUGCGCUGGGGUCAGAGGCUUAGAACUAUGCUGUUGGUUUGAUUGACAGUUUUUCCCUUUAUGACGCCGCGGGGAUUCAUCGGUCUUUAAAUGUUGUGGUUUCUGCGCGCGCCUCUUCACUAAUUUGAAGGGGAGAAGCAGAAGGGUUUCUCCGCGUUAUCGUCAUUCCGCCUAAUAUCCAUCUGCACUUGUCUUUCUUUUCUGCUUAGAAAUGAUCAGAUAUAAUACUAUAUUUAAUCAUUGGUGUAUAUUUAUCAAGGACAACAUGUGACAUUUUUAUUUAUUCAUUCAUUCAAUCGCUCAUUUAUGUCUUUAUAUAGCGUUUUUAACAAUGGACUUUUUGUCACAAACCAGAUCCGGAUAUAAAGAGUAAAUAUAAACCUUUACUUUUUUUUAAAAAAAAAAACAUUUCCAUGUCAAGUGCUGAGAGGCCUGAAGAUAUGUUCUUUAAAAUGAAUAGAAAAUCUUCACUUUACUUUUGUUUGUGUAAAGCUGCUUUGAGACAAUGACCUUUGUAAAAAGCGCUAUACAAAUAAAAAUGAAUUGAAUUGAAUAGAAAAUAAAAUGAAAAAUUCCUGCUACUACUAAUAACAACAAUAAUAACAACAAUAAUAAUAAUAAUAAUAAUAAUAAUAGUGAUAGUGAUAGUAAAGAGUUGAGAAGAGGCGUGUGUUGGAGUUGUUAUGGCAGAAUGAUCCAGUGCACAGUAAUAAGGCUGAUGAGCUCUGUGUCUGUGGGAAGGACACAGCGGCGCUGCGUGUUGUGCUGGAUGGAGCUUGACUGCCCUCGUGCGGCCAAAUCCAGGAACUGCAAUUUCCCAGAUUCAGUGUUCUGUUAUGAAGCAUUUUAUGGAGGUGUUUAUAAGUCUAAACUUGUAGUAGUUAGCCGGGGGAGAGUGCAGAGAACUGGGGGGGUGGGGGGUUCGGGGCUGUAGCUGCGUUCACGAUAUACACAAACAUGUGGAAAACUGCAAAAAAAAAAAUUCUUUUCUUAAUCUGCAUAUAAAGAUUAUUUUAGAAGCUGCUUUUGCUAUAUAUAUAUAUAUAUAUAUAUAUAUAUAGAUAGAUAGAUAGAUAGAUAGAUA